AUGGACUGCCUGGGGAUUCCUGUUGACCACCGGCUUCAAAAAAUCAUUCAGCGGUUACGGGUACCAUCCUUCUUUGAUGAGAGCUCACACCUUGUUACCCUCGAAAACUUCGGAAGGACCUUGUUAUAUGCCGAAAACAAACAGCCAAUUUCAACUGAUGAACUUAAUCACGGUCUGGAGCUCGCAGGGCCGGGAACCAAAGGAGGUCUUCUAAUCGCCUUGUACCAACCUCCGGAAAAUCAAACAUUCCAUAACGGCUAUACAGCAGAUACGUCUGCCUGCCGCACAACAGAAGCAAUACGACAACUACUGCUUGUUUCUAGUGGCGGGCAAAUGACCCUCGACGACAUCAGUGUAUUUGAUACUCUGCCGUACUACCCCGAGGGCUCAGACGACGCCGAACUUGUGAAGGACGCUGAGCAUGCUUUUAGCCAGAUGGUUAAACUGAAGGCGCCAGAUGUCGUCGUGUGUUCUUACCAGAGUGAUUCAGUGGAACCUCUUGUCAGUGGAUUGCAAAGCAUAGGAGUGGGGAAAGUUUUUAAGGAGCCAAAACUUCGAAUCACCGAUGAUUGCACUACUACACGAGUGAACGCAUUCCAUCCUAGCUACGCCGUCAACUAUCAGCGAAGCUACAGUUGUUUCCGCAGACUUCUUCUCCUGGAAUAUGUGAAAGCUUUUUCUCAUUUAUCAAAGGAACGUUGGGAAGAAGAAGAAUGGAUGAGCAAAUUGCGCUCACAGUGCGUCAACCUCGCCAAAAAGCUUUAUACCUAUCAAAAGCCGCGAUGGCCCAUUAUUGAUGAGAAUCGUUGGAUUGCUAUUCUCACCGCAAUCCAGCUGAAUUUCUCCAAUCUGGACUAUUUCAGGUCCAAACUCGACUCAGACAUAUUUCUAAAAAAGCUUGUUGGCAAUAGUUUAUCCUGGAACUGUGCUGACGCAUCGCUUUUCCUUGCCGAAACCGAAGAGAAAUACGCAGACGGUCCUAAUAAGGCCCGGAUUGCUCAACUAUUAUCAGGCGCUGCCUACGGCUAA